GAGGAAGCUUAGGAGGCGAUUGAACCGCUCUCCCGUUUUCUUUAUAACGAAGAUAGGUCAGAUCUCGUUUUCGAUUCUCUCACUCCACUGUUUCCACAGAGAGAAAUCAAAGCCUCAGCUCUCUCUCUCUCUCUGAACAUCAGCACUUCCACAAUACUGGUGAAUUGUGUGGCUUUGUCAAAUUAUUUUGGUCGAUUAUUUGGGGAAUUCUGUUGAUUUUUUUGAGUAUAAAUGGGGAAAGGAGGGGAAAAUUUUGGGAAAAGAGAGAAUUUAGGGGAAAAACGAUCAUCUGAUCGGGAGGUUUUCGCGGCGUGGUCAAAAGAUGUGAGAGAGUGUGAAGAGAAGUUUCAGGUGAAUAAAGAUUUUGGAUUGUCGAGCGAUAACGUGGAAAAGUUAAGGAAGAUCUAUGGAUGGAAUGAGUUGGAGAAGCAUGAAGGGCAGUCAAUUUUGCGGUUGAUUUUGGACCAGUUUAACGAUACUUUAGUUAGAAUUUUGCUCGUGGCUGCAGUGGUUUCGUUUGUCUUGGCUCUGUAUGAUGGUGAUGAAGGUGGUGAAAUGGAAAUUACAGCGUUUGUUGAGCCAUUAGUCAUAUUCUUGAUCUUGAUUGUGAAUGCAAUAGUUGGGGUUUGGCAAGAGAACAAUGCAGAGAAAGCAUUGGAGGCACUUAAAGAGAUUCAAUCAGAGCAAGCGACUGUGAUUCGUGAUGGGCAAAAGCUAUCCCAUUUUCCUUCAAAAGAUAUUGUUCCGGGGGACAUCGUUGAGCUGAGGGUUGGGGAUAAAGUGCCAGCAGAUAUGAGGGUCUUAAAAUUGAUUGGCCCAACUCUUCGAGUUGAGCAGGGGUCAUUAACUGGAGAGAGUGAAGCUGUUAGUAAGACGGUGAAGGCUGUUGCGGAGGAUGUGGAUAUUCAGGGGAAGAAAUGUAUGGUGUUUGCAGGGACGACUGUUGUGUAUGGUCACUGUAUCUGUUUGGUUACUCAGACCGGUAUGAAUACGGAGAUAGGCCUGGUGCAUUUGCAGAUUCAUGAGGCUUCUCAGAGUGAGGAAGAUACGCCUUUGAAGAAGAAGUUGAAUGAGUUUGGGGAGGUUUUAACUGCUAUAAUUAUGGCGGUCUGUGCAUUGGUUUGGCUUAUUAACGUGAAAUACUUUCUCACUUGGGAGAGUGUUGAUGGUUGGCCAAGGAAUUUCAGGUUCUCAUUCGAGAAGUGCACUUAUUAUUUUGAGAUUGCUAUUGCAUUGGCAGUUGCUGCCAUUCCAGAAGGUCUGCCAGCAGUUAUCACGACGUGCUUGGCACUUGGCACACGCAAGAUGGCUCAGAAGAAUGCACUUGUUCGCAAGUUGCCCAGUGUUGAGACUCUUGGUUGUACAACGGUUAUUUGUUCUGAUAAAACGGGUACUCUCACGACCAAUCAGAUGGCAGUUUCUAAGCUUGUUGCUAUGGGUCCUAGGACAAACACUAUUCGAUCAUUCAAUGUGGGAGGGAUCACGUAUAAUCCUUUUGAUGGAAAAAUACAAGACUGGCCGCUAGGUCAAAUGGAUACCAACCUUCAAAUGAUUGCCAAGAUUGCUGCUGUGUGCAAUGAUGCAGGCAUUCAACAAUCCGGCCAGCAUUAUGUUGCCAGUGGACUACCGACUGAGGCAGCAUUGAAGGUUCUGGUUGAGAAAAUGGGACUUCCAGAUGGACUGAAUUCUGGUUCAUCUUCUGGUUACGUCGACACACUGCGCUGUUGCCAAACAUGGAAUAAAAUUGAACAACGGAUUGCAACUCUUGAGUUUGAUCGUGAUAGGAAAUCCAUGGGAGUCAUUGCAAAUUCCAGCUCCGGGAGAAAGUCAUUGUUUGUGAAGGGUGCAGUAGAAAAUGUGUUGGAAAGAAGCUCCUUUGUUCAAUUGCUUGAUGGCUCUGUUGUAGAACUGGAUCAAAGUUUUAGGGAUCUUAUCUUACAAAGCCUUAAUGAAAUGUCAACAAGUGCAUUGCGUGUUCUAGGGUUUGCAUACAAGGAGGACAUUCCAGAAUUUGAUACAUAUAAUGGUGACGAAGACCAUCCAGCUCACCAGCUUUUACUUAAUCCAGAUCGCUAUUCUUCAAUUGAGAGCAAACUAAUCUUUGUUGGCUUGGCUGGGCUAAGAGAUCCUCCCCGGAAAGAGGUUCGCCAAGCAAUUGAGGACUGCAUAGCAGCGGGCAUUCGAGUGAUGGUUAUUACAGGAGAUAACAAGAAUACAGCAGAAGCUAUUUGUCGUGAAAUAGGCAUAUUUGGGCCAAAUGAGGAUAUCAGUUCAAGAAGUCUGACAGGAAGAGAUUUUAUGGAUUAUCACGACCAAAUAAGUCAUUUAAGGCAAAGCGGAGGGCUCCUCUUUUCUAGGGCUGAACCAAGGCAUAAACAGGAGAUAGUGAGGCUGCUUAAAGCAGACGGUGAAGUGGUUGCAAUGACUGGGGAUGGGGUGAAUGAUGCACCUGCUUUGAAAUUGGCUGAUAUCGGGAUUGCAAUGGGAAUUGCUGGGACUGAGGUGGCAAAAGAAGCUUCUGAUAUGGUCUUAGCAGAUGAUAAUUUUGGCACAAUUGUUGCUGCUGUUGGCGAAGGGAGAUCUAUUUACAAUAAUAUGAAAGCCUUCAUCAGGUACAUGAUUUCCUCAAACAUCGGUGAGGUUGCCUCUAUAUUUCUGACAGCUGCUUUGGGUAUUCCAGAGGGUCUGAUUCCUGUUCAGCUUCUGUGGGUCAAUCUGGUGACGGAUGGACCUCCAGCAACAGCUUUGGGAUUUAAUCCACCCGACAAGGAUGUAAUGAAGAAGCCUCCCCGAAGAAGUGAUGAUUCAUUGAUCAGUGCAUGGAUUUUAUUCCGCUAUCUGGUAAUUGGACUCUAUGUUGGUAUAGCAACUGUGGGAGUAUUCAUCAUAUGGUAUACUCACAACUCUUUCUUCGGCAUUAACCUUAGUGGAGAUGGUCACAGUGUUAUCACUUAUUCCCAACUUGCGAACUGGGGGCAGUGCCAUUCCUGGGAUAAUUUCUCAGUUUCACCUUUCACAGCUGGGGCUCAAGUGUACAAUUUCGACACAAAUCCAUGUGACUACUUCCAGACCGGCAAAAUUAAGGCCAUGACUCUCUCCCUCUCUGUAUUGGUUGCCAUCGAGAUGUUCAAUUCCCUUAAUGCCCUCUCUGAGGAUGGGAGCCUGCUAACAAUGCCUCCAUGGGUUAACCCAUGGCUCCUUUUGGCAAUGUCAGUCUCAUUUGGUCUGCACUUCUUGAUCCUUUAUGUUCCUUUCCUUGCUCUAGUCUUUGGCGUUGUACCUCUCAGCCUGAACGAGUGGUUGUUGGUAUUGGCUGUUACUCUCCCGGUGAUUUUAAUUGAUGAGAUUCUCAAGUUUGUGGGUAGGUGUACGAGUGGAUUUCGAUAUUCAGGUGCAAGGAAACCGUCUAAGCACAAGGCCGAGUGAAGACAAAAUCGAACAAUCUCAGCUGGGGGAUAUUUCUACUCAUAAGGCAGGCCUCAACAGGCUGGCCGUUGGUCCACCUUGUAAACCUAUUCUUAAUAUACAAGGGGUUGGUUUGGAGCUUGGUGGCUUAGACAUGUGUAAUUCAGAUUAACAGUAGAAUUUAACAGGACUUGCUAGUUUUGUUUUACCUUUGAUUGGCCUUAUAAUACUGGGGCAGAUCUCACUCCAUGUUGGAGCAUUAUGAAAUUAUCCAUUGAAACUUUCAUUUUAUAUGCCUUUGGUUGUAUUUGGUGGAUCUAGACAUGCAAAAGUUAGUUCGAGGAAUGAGAAAGUGAUGAUGGAUCAGAUGAUAUCAGGAAUUUAGCAUCUUUUGAGGAAGAAAUAAGCUUUUGUUUCGUCUUUAAUUUUCUAUUCCCGGAGUAUAUACACUAUUGUUUGAGGGUAUUUGAAUCUUGUUUACAACCUUAGAAGAGGUACAUAACGAGUGCGGUUUGAUUUGGGCAACAUGACAUUUUUCAUGCGGCUAUUCUCAUGGCUUCUUGGUU